ACGUCUAUUAUCAGCGUCAGGGUACCGACCCGCAAGAGAAUGGCGGACAAGCGAGUGUGCAGCUGGGGUGUCUUGUCUUUUACCGUCUCUUUUCUUGUUGCUGUCAGCAAAGGAUUUAAUUUGGAUCCCAGAUUUUCUGUUAUAAAGAAUGGACCCGAAAACAGCUACUUUGGAUAUUCUGUAACUGAGCACCAAAUUGUCAAUGAGGGCAAGAUAAUCGAGAACUUAAUUUUGGUAGGAGCUCCAAAACAGCAGAUACGAAUAGGAUCUACUUUGUCAGGUGGUGCUAUCUUCAAAUGUAAUGCAGUAUCCACAAAUGAGAGUGACUGUCAUCAGUUGAACACUGAGCCAUUUAAUCUCCCUGUUGCGUCAUCAGAUGACGUUACAGAUCGGUGGCUUGGUGUAGUCUUGCAUAGCUUUGGCAAAGGAGAAAAAAUUGUGACAUGUGCCCAUCGCCAUAUCAAAGAAAAUGCAGCUCUGGGUUUGUGUUACACACUGGAGCAGACAUUGGAUUAUCACACAGUAUGGAUUCCAUGCCUGGGCAAGUCUCAUGUCAAUUUUCUGGAAGAUUUUGGCCUUUGCCAAGCUGGUAUAAGUGCAGCCUUUGGACAGGAGGAUAGCUUGGUCAUUGGUGCUCCAGGAUCAAACAUCUGGCGAGGUGUGAUGUUUAUGGUAAACACAAGCGAUUCCAUGGACAGAAUUUUAACGACUUUUAAUACACCUGUUCCUGUCAGUCAAAAUGAGGUAGGAGCUUCUAAGGCACUGCCUCCUCCAACUGACAAGUAUUCUUACCUUGGAUAUUCAGCCGCAAUUGGGAAGUUUGAUGCAACACGUCAGCUCUAUUAUGUGUCUGGUGCUCCACGCUCUAAUGAAAGAGGGGAGGUGAUAUUUUUUCGAAGGAUUGAUCACCAAGAAGUUCUGCAUUAUACAACAGAGCAGAAGCUGGAAGGUGAACGAGACUUUGCAGGAUUUGGAUCAAGUCUGCUUGCUUUGGAUCUUAAUAAUGAUGGGUAUGAUGACUUGAUUGUUGGGGCUCCAUAUUACUACGAGAAUGGCUAUGGUGGUGCAGUCUAUGUUUACCUUGGUGGUAAAACAAUGAUAAGCAAAUCAACAAUACCUACAGUCAUUUUGAGCAGAAAGAUGAGUGAUGCUGAAUGCAUCAAACUUGGCUGUGAGCAUGCUCGCUUUGGGAUAAGUUUGGCCAAGCUGGGAGAUGUAAAUCAUGAUGGAUAUCAAGAUUUUGCUGUGGGUGCACCAUAUGAAGGCAAUGGAACAGUUUAUAUCUAUCAUGGGUCUAAGUCUGGUGUGGUGAAAAGUUAUGCACAACGGAUUGCUGCUAGUGAUAUGCCUGGCAGUAAUCAGUUUCAGUCAUUUGGCAGCUCCUUGUCUGGGGGUUUAGAUCUGGACUCCAAUGGCUAUCCAGAUCUUUUAGUGGGAUCAUAUGAGAGUUCCCGCGUGGUACUUCUCCGUGCCAGAGCUAUCAUCCACUUGCUGCCGGAAAUUACGGUAUCCCCAAAGAUGGUGAAUCUGAGUGCAGUAGCACAUUGUAGCUUUGAUUCAACUGCAAGGCAUUGUGUGCAACUGAGGAUAUGCUUAAAAUUUAAAGCAGAACCUUCUGAAAGCUUUACAACAGGACCAGAGAUAAAGUACAGAGUGGAAGCAGAGAGAAGCCGAAGUAUUUCUCGCCUAGAAUUUAAACAGUCAGCUGAUGCCAGCAAAAAGUUUGUUGAAGAUGUUGUGCAGCUACGUCCUCAGGCACUAGACCAAGUGGCUUGUGUUGUACAACUGGCUUAUCUAAAGGAUGUGUUAACAGACAAACUCAAUCCUAUGGAACUUGCAGUAACCUUCUCUCAAAGUGAGCCACCAUAUGCACGCCCUCGCUCUGGAGACCCUCUUCCAAAUAUAAAUACCUACCCUGUUUUGUCAACAACAGGUGCUAUGGAAGCUGAGCCAAACACUGUUUCAACACUGGUGGACUUUGUGAAAGAAUGUGGAGAUGACAACCUCUGUAAAAGCAACCUUCAGUUUGAUGUCAAACUGGCGCAGCCUAAGGAAGGAGAAAAAUACCUUAUUCAGGUUGGGGACAGAGUCAGCACUUCACUAAACAUCAGUAUAACCAACCUUGGGGAAGCAGCAUAUUUGACACGUGUUUUCAUCCAGAAACCUCCUCUUAUGGAUUACCAGGGUGUGGGGGGUGAUGGACAGGACUCAGUUGUCAAGUGCAACCCAAACCCAGGUGGAGUGGAUGAUGAUACACUCAUUAUCUGUGAUGAUAUUGGAAACCCACUGAAACAGCAAUCCUCUGUGAUGUUUUCAGUAAGACUCAGCACUCAUCGUUUGCAGGCCACAGAUAAAAUUCUCAACAUUACAGUUUGGGUGAAUACGUCAAGCACAGAACAGACGCCAGAGAAUGACCAAAAAGUUUUUAUGUUCAAUGUCAUUUUGGAAGCGAAGCUUGUUCUCAGCUCAAAUGUUCGUCCUGAUGACCAGAUCCUGUGUGCUGGAGAGCCACGAGGAGCAAGUGCCAUGAAGUCUGAGAAGGAUAUUGGUGCAGCUGUCAACCACACCUACAUUGUAUCCAACCGUGGCAAUAACAAUGUGACAAAGUCAAGACUGACCAUUAUGUGGCCCUAUGAAGCAGGGAGUGGCGACAGUGGACAAGGAAAAUAUCUUCUCUACCUUAUGGAGAAACCUAUUAUAGAAAAAGGAAAGGCAACUUGCGUCCUUGAAAAUGCCGACACGGUGAAUCCUUUACAGAUUAAGGCUGUAGAACCUCAGGCUGCUCCAGUCACAGUGGACAGAGUACAGCCAUUAGAUGGUGCACCUGCAGGACGUAAAAAGCGUGCAACUGAAAGUGAGAGUAGAGUCAAACGAUCACAAGGAUCUUUGGUAGAACUGGGGUGCAAACAAAACACUGCCAGGUGUCACGUAAUAUCCUGUGAACUUGAAAAUCUGGAGGAGAAAGUGGGUUAUGUACAGAUUACCCUAAGAGCACGGCUGUGGGAGAGCACACUUUUGCAGGACUACAAGAGAGCAGGAGAUGUGAAGAUCAGCUCUUAUGCUAAAUUGGAGAUUGACUCUGCCCUUGGUAUAAAAGAAGAUAAGAGUGAUAAUGAAGCUGAAGCUGUAACUUAUGCAGUGCCAGACUUCAAAGAUUCUGGAGCCCAGCAAGUGAUGUGGUGGGUUAUUCUCCUUGCUGUGUUAGGUGGCAUCAUUGUACUGGCCAUCAUUAUUUUCAUCCUAUACAAGAUUGGAUUCUUCAGGCGAAAAAGGCCAGAGGAAAUGCAGAUGUACCAGGCAGAGAAGAAAGAGCAGAAGAUGCUUGUUGAAAAUGAUGACGACGAUGAGAAGUGAAGAGAAUGUUGCUGGAGUUUUAGUAAUAUCAUACCUUUAAUUUAAAUCUUUUCUAUCAGGUAGAAAUGAAGAAGUUUAUCUAAAAUAUAUUCAUUAUGUUGGAAAUAGAAAAGGGAUAGUUGUUAGCGCUACUGACCAGUUUUUAUUCAAAUUGCUUAUGUUUCCUCACAGUGUCAUCUUUAAAGUUGUCUCUUUGCAAAAUGAGUGUGUCUGAGACUAAUUUAAGUGAAAGUCUAUCAUGAAUACAUAAGGUGUUUCUGAUCAAAGUUAGAAAAUUGUUCAUGUAGCAUUAGCUUUCUUGUAUCUGCACAACCUGCAUUUAAACAUUUUUAGUUUCUGAGAUAAAUUAUUUCUGUUAUCUGUUGAUUUAUAAACUUGCCACCAGAUGUUUUAAUUUUAAGGCAUCCAGAUUGUUUACUUGUGCCUUACUCUUGAAAACUAGAAUAAAUAUAAAAGGGGUAAGGUAAGAGUGUAAAAGGGUUGAUGAACUGUCAGUUCGGUUUUCACGGGAGAAAGCAUGUGGAUGUGUAUGGAUGUGUGGAGGGAUGUCUUUUUUGUAUACAUUGUGGGUUGCCAUGUCACAUUUUAAUUAUAGCUGUCACCACUAUGACCAUGGUUUCUUACAAAAAGACACAAUCAAGCAAUAAUUUUAUUACUACUAAUUUUUCUGACUUAUUUUUGUCAUGUUUUACCUUCACCAAAUGUAACAGUUUAAUAAAGUAUUAAAGACUCCUCUGAAAAACAAGUCCAUUUUGAUGAAAAUUAAAAUAUUAUCUGUUUCUCCCACACUGUAGUGUAGUUGAGAGUGUACACGAUAUGAACUCAUUUGUAACUUUUUUUUUGAAGCUUCAGGUAGCAUUUAGUAUGGACCAGUUAUUUUUUUAUGCUUCAAGUCCUCUGAUCUUUGCUGAUGUAAAUUUCUUACAAUUUUGGUUAUAGAUUCUUCACUUGUUUUGCUCACUGCAUAUAAUUUCAUUGUGUCCAUUUUGCUUAUAUAUAAGCAGCUAAGAAAUUUGCUUAAACUCAUGCAGAUUUUAAAAGAAGGUGUAUUUAAUUCAUUCUGCUAAAAUUUUGUGACUGAUUUGUUGUGGCUGCUUGUGAAUUUUGGAGCACUGGAUCAGAUUUGUGACGAUCUCAUGUUUACUACUCAUCAGGGAUGAUGCAUAAGUUGCCUAAAUGAUACAGGAUGGGAUUGCUUGUUUUGGACCAUGUGCACACAGAAGUGACAGGAGUUUGUGUUUCAAUUUUAAUCAAGAAUUUAAAAUUUGUCAAUUUUAAAGUCUCUUUUUGUUCGUUUGAAAACAAAGCUUUGACGGAAUUUGGUGCCAAGUGAGCUAGGUUUGAGGUGGCUUUUAGUUUCAGGAAUAACAUGUGAUCUGUGAUGUGUGUGCUGUUUUGAACACACAUUUGUGCAAGUUAAAAAACACAGCUCAAAGAUGCUGAUGUUAGUAACUGAAGUGAGGUUUUAAAAUAAGCUCAGACUUCAAUGAUAUCUUUUCCUAAGUGUUGCUGCUGUCCAUAUAUGAUAUUUUCUUUCUAAAGCUGCAUCAGCACUAUGUUUUUCAAAAUAGCAGUGAACAAAAUAUUUGUGCUAGGAAAUUUGUUUAAUCUGUGGAUGAAAUGUGAGGCUUUUUUCAAUUUUAUUUAUUUUUGUUGGUGUUUGCAAGGUCAGGUUCUGUUUGAACUGGCAGGCUAUGCUAUGUUGUCUUCUCAGUCCUCACGUUUACCCAAACUGCCACAUUAUGAUAAAGCCGCCAAAGAUAUAAACUAACAUGGUUGCUUUGUUAGUUUGGUGCUAUUUAACAUGUAACUACCUGCAUCAGCAGAAAAUAUUGUAGGGGAGUAACUUGUGUGCAUGCAUGACUGGAUGUGAAUGUGCCAUGCAUUGCAUGAAGACUAGCAUCUUAUUCUUGCCACAUUUUGCGAGAUUGAUCUUGUUUACUCCAUUUUCUCAUACCAUUCAUCAAUAGAAGUGGCAUGAGAUAAUGUCUAAAUUUGAAAAGUUUUCUUUGGGUACCUUUAUGAGAUUAAGAAUUGUUGAUCUGUGUGAAUUUUGUAUGCUUUUUAAAACAGUUUUAUGGUUCUUUUUUGUGGGGGAGGUGGGGGGGUCCCAGUAAACGACUAUCCUCAAGAUGAAUUAUCUUGAACUGUAAACGAGUAUCAAAUGUCAAAUUAGUUCUGUUAUUCAGCUAUACAGUGUGAUAGGAUCUACUUUGUUCAGCUAAAAUAGGUUUUGAGCUUGUAACAUAAUCUGUUAUGACAUGACUGUCAUUCUGUAAAAAUGUGACUUUUCAUAUCAGCUUAAAGAGAGAUUGAAGUCCCUCAAGUUAUCCUAAUAAUCUCUGAGCAUUGUCCUUCAAUCGAGCAUGAAAAGUGGGUAGUGGAUAAGAUUUCUUUGGAUAGGAGUUUUGUCUUUUUUUUUCAUUUCUUUUGACAAUCUAGUGUUUAAAAGAACAUGAAAAAAACUAGAAGAUGACACUUUUUCAAAUAACUAAAAUUUAGUGAUUUGAUACAGUCUUCAUCUAAUCUUAUAAAAGCAUUCCACUGCAUUAUGUACCCACCUCUGCAUUUGUAACAGAAGUAAAUAAAUUUUUAUAUAUCCCCAUUUCUUGCACAUUUCGCAUGCAAUUGAAAAUCAUUAAUCUGUAUAUAUGGAGUGACUGGUGUUUUUUCUUUUGUACAACCAUUAUAGCUUGCAUAUUUUUAAGUUUUAAUGCUUUUUUUCAGAUUUUGCAGACUGGAGUUAGCAAAGUGUAUUUAAGUUCUCAUGUCAUUUACUGUAUUUAUUCUGAACCUUGAAACCUUAUGCUCAAUACAUAAAUUAGUAAGGAUCUUGUGGUCCUGCUAGACUGGAUUUCUCUAUCCCCCAUGAUAUGUAUUUUUGAGUUACUUCAGUGUAUGUAAGGUUAGUGAUAUAAUUUUUUGUAUUUUUCUCCUUUAGGAUAGGUACGCAGAUGCUUUUUCAAGAUGUAUGAUGUGUGCGUGCAUGUAUGUCAGUGUUAAAAAGUAGCAUUUCAUUUAAGUCAUCAUCUUUUAUCAAUCUAUUUUUAAAAUGUAGCUAUUCUUUUAUUACAGUUUCCAUACACCCAUUCUCACAUCUGGUUUUGUGCAAUUGGCACAGCCUUCUGGAUUUUUUAUAAAAUCUCUGAUCUGUAUAUCUUUGUAUUAUGUGUAUGGAAUAAAUUUAAAUUAUCCUGUUGGGAGACUUCUGUAGCAGCACAUUGUAAGAAUAUGCCUCAACUUCAAACCUUCACAUCACACACUAGAUAGGUCUCUCUUCUAGAGAGUAAAUGUUUACAAAAUCAGUUUAAACUGUUAAAGGGAAGAGGUUGAAAGGAUUGUGGAAAAAAAUGGAGUGAACAUUAAAAAAUGAGAUUUUGAUUGUUACAUAGGCUCAAAUUAUGGUAUAUUUUGCACAUUUAUCUUGGCAGGAAUGUGUAGCAAAUAUGUAUAUAAAGAUUUUGUUCAUAGUAUUUCAUCUAGUAACUUUAUUCUUUGCUACGGAUUUGCUUUUUUAAAUGUACUGUUAUCUCAUGCAAAUAUGUUGUGUUUCCUGCAUGUUGUAAUUUUAUUUUGUAUUUUAUUUUUGUUUGUUCCCUACAUUAAAUUAUCCUUCAUUUAUUAUUUUCAGACUAUAGCUACUCUAGAUGUGAAUUUAUUUUCUCUGUGGCAUCUUGAACAUAACAAGAUAGUGUAAAUGUUCCUACUUUAAGAGAACUGAUGAGAGCUGUCAUGCUGAAAACCUCAAGGAUACUAUUUAGACUGUUUAAACCAAGUAAAGAUAAACAUGAAGUGGGUCAACAUAUGUAUUAAAACAUAUAGACUAGACUUAUGCCUCAUAAAUGUACAAGGUGUCAAAGAUGAAAGGGUAAUUAUAUGCUUGUACUGGCAUUAAUAAAAGUUAAACUCUAUUUAUGUCUUCACAUUCCCAUUGUAGGUCUUGGUUAGAAUUCUUACUUGUAAGGAAAAAAGUGAUGUUUUUUGGUGGAGGGUGGGAGGAGAAAUCAGCAAUGGCAUAUUUGAAGCUUAUUUGGUCCAGCAGCUUGUAAGAGGUCCCUUUGUCCAGGUAUCAAUGGAAGGCAAAAGAUGAAUUUAGAAGGUUGAAUAGUCUUCCACCCACUGUGAUCACCUAUUCUUUGGACCAGCGGAUCCUACUUUCACCACUACCCUUCUUUGUAUAGAAAUUGUUGAUUAAAUGACUUUAGCCAACUGGCAGGCUGUCAUUUUGUGCAACAGGAUGUUCAAGAUCAUCUGUACGUGUUUGAUGAUUAAGUUUAUUAUUUUAUGUGCUUCCGCCAUGAAGAGGCAUCAUUUGAGAUAACCUCUCCACAUGUACAUAUAGCUUAGCUGCUGACCAAGUCUAAUGUUUUGUGUUGUGCGCUGAAAUAGAGUGUUUCACUUUUGUAAAAUUAUAUUUUCCUUCCCUUGGACUGCAUUUAAUGUCUUUGCUGGGAAUGCUUUGCUAUCCUUGGACAAUGUCCCAUAGGUGAUAAACAUAUUUGCUAGUAAAGAAUGGUCCUUGUAUCCAUAACAAAUCUGUACAGAAUUUUCCACUAAAAAAGGAUUUCAUUUCUGCAGAAUUUUAUUUGGUCAGUAUAUGACAUUCCACUUUGAAAUAUAUUUAUUUGAGGUCCUGGCAACAGAUUUUGAACACCUUUAAAUAAAACUGUUUUGGGGAUGUGGGGUGUGUAGCUCAUUUGCAGAUUUCCAAGAUUUAAAGGAAAAAAAAUAAUUGUGUCUGAUUUCAGCACUUCCUAAAUUUGUGAUCUUGCUAAGAUGAGAAGUACAUUUUGGUCAGCAGCUGUUUUUACUUUUUGAAAACAUUUAUUAUUGAAAUGACCAAACCUUUUCAAAAUUUACAAAUACUUUUCCAUAUCUAUGCUGCAUUUAAAUAAUUGCAGUGAGUGAAAGUAGUGUGCGUAUGUGUGCACACAUACAUUGUAUGCAUGAGAGUGUUCAUGCAUUUUGAAUAGCCACGAAUGGUCAUUAUUGCAUAGAAUGUUUAUACAUUCACAUGUCAAGACAUGUCAUGACACUACUCUUGUUUUCAGGAAUAGAAAUAUUCUGCCUUCACCCAGCUGCAUUCUGCAAUGAACAAUGCCUUUAUUCUUGUGGUUUUUGAGAAUCAUUAGUCAUGUUCUGCCAGCUGUGCAUUUGCACCACCUUAUUUCCCCCACCCCCUUAAAACUCUUAACUUAUUUGCUUUAUGGUGAAUCCAUGAGGCAUAUAUUUAUUUCCAUGGGUGAUUCCAGAUGAGACUUGUGGAGUGCCUUUGUUUUUGAGUUCAAAAACAUCGUUGUCUUUGCCAUUCCAUAUAAAAUGCUGACUGGUGAAAAGAGCAGGGAGUUUUUAAUGUUCGAAGUCCAAUCUGCUUAAAAAGGCAAUUCUACUGCCUUGCAGUCAAAGCCUAUUUAAAUGACAAACUAUGGAUGGAAACGCCACCAUUAUGCAGAAAAAUAAGUCCUUUGGGUUUUUGUUUGGACUGACAAAAUGCCUGAACUUUUCAGGUUCAAGCCAGAAAGUGCGAUUACAUGUAUUUAGACCAUGUUUAUCAACUUUGAUUAAAAGCAGUAUACAUUUUUUUUUAUUUUCCAUGGUAGUAUAUUUACAUGGCUUCUAGCAUUCCAUCACUUAAAUAGCAUUAUACAUUGACCUUUGCUUAUUAUAAUUGUCAGGUAUUCAUUUUUACUUUGAUCUGACAUUUAAUGAUGGUAUCUUUAAAAUCAUCAGUGUCAUGCUAAAGUCUAGUUUUUGUACUGUCCAUAUUUUAAUGGCAAUUAUACUUUGUAGCUUUACUGGUAGCAGGCAUGAAGUGCUAACUUUGCUGCAGUGAGUGCAGAUUUUCAUCUCCCUUACACUGUUAGUCUUUGACUAGACUUAUGCCUCAUAAAUGUACAAGGUGUCAAAGAUGAAAGGGUAAUUAUAUGCUUGUACUGGCAUUAAUAAAAGUUAAAAUGCUUUAA